AGUAUUGCACAUUUCAUAGAUAUUACUGUAAAUCCCAAAAUAAGUAGUUUGUAAAUGCAAGAUAUUUGCAAAAAAAGUGUUUUAAUUUGAUAAAAGAUAAGUGUGAUUUUAAAAUGCAUCAAAUUACAAAUUUACCGUGGUAUUUUCAUUUUAUAAGUAUUGCGGUUUUUUAGUUGAUAUAGCAACCGUGGAUAUAACCUAAAAUUUAAAAUAAAUAGUGUUAUUUUAAUGUUGAAUGAUAUAAUUUAAGUUUUCUGAUUAGUAGACAAAAUGUGCCUUUUAUUUUUCGUAUCGUACUACAUAAGUGUGGUUUUGUGUAGCAGUGAACAUUUUACAGAAGAAUUGUUAAUUAAACCAUUACAUUCUGAACAAGUUUAUACACAUUUUCAUUUUGUUACAAAAUGGGAUUCUGAUCCAAAUACGGAAAAUUUUCGGCAUACAAAUAUAUUUUCGCGAGCAAUAGGUGAAAUUAUUCAUCGGUAUAAUGUCCAGGAACUGCAUCUUAGUUUAACAACAGGACUGUGGCGGUAUGAAUCGUGGGGUUAUCCAGUAGUAAAUGCAGGUCCUGGAGCGGAAUUAUGGGUUUGGUUUAAACCUGAUACAGUUAAUGUUGAUGACAAAUGGAAGUUUUUAACAAAUGCUUUAUCAGGUUUAAUUUGUGCUUCAUUAAAUUUUAUUGAUAAGACAAAUUCUGUCUCUCCAAAAUACUCUUUUAAACCAUCAGGAUUAGUAAGAGAGCCUAUAAACAGUACAUUUUUAAGAUAUGCAUCACUGCCGAAGGAACAUGCCUGUACAGAAAAUUUAACUCCUUGGAAAAAAUUAUUACCAUGCAAGGGAAGAACAGGUUUGGGUUCUUUAUUGAAUGCUGGUUACAUUCAUAAUACUAGGUAUCAUUCAUUGUCAAUUGCCAUUCGAACAGUUUGUAGAGACGAAUCUUGUACUGUACCGUCUUUAAUUCUUGAACAAACAGUUGGAUUAACAUAUGAUUACCAGAUGUUAGGUACAAGAAAUUGGUCAAUUCGUAGGCUGUUUGGUCAAGGAAUUUUGGGACCAUGUCCUUUAGCAGAGUCCACUACAGUUUAUGUAGAUACUGGCUCGAACUUUAGUAUUCCUUUCAGUCUGUCCCCUUCUCCAAAUGAGUGGCUAACUUCAUUGAGAGGUGGUCAAGAAGGAAGAUUUGCCAAAUACACAAUUACUUAUAAACCUAUCAGUAUUGCUUCCAGUUAUAAUGAUAAACAAAAUGUAUUACUUAAGUCACCUCCUCCUUUGUUUGCUAGCCAGUACUUCACUUAUUAUGGUCAGGAAAAAGGCGGCCUUAAUGUUAAAAUUCAUAAUAACCAUUGGGCUUCCCUGGAUGUGGUUGUCUUGCAAAACAUUCCAUGGAUCAUGCCACUUUUCUUGCACACACUUUCAAUGAAAACAAAUGGUAAAGAAAAUAAACCAUUAAAGUUAUUUUAUAUGCCGGGAAAAAUGCGUGAACGUCCUACUCAUUUCGAAUAUGUUCUUCGAUUACCUGCCAAGUCUGUAACUAUAAUUUCCGUCGAGUUCCGUUAUACAUUCUUAAAAUGGACAGAAUAUCCACCAGAUGCAAAUCAUGGGAUUUACAUACCCCCCGCUGUUAUUUCGGCACUGUUACCCCUUGCUAGAAACAUUACCAGCCUACCACAAGACGGUGUAACUUUUUCGGAUAGUUUCAAUGCUUCACGAAGCAGUUAUUUAGUUCAGAUACGUACCGAAUCUGUGAUUAUCACUUUACCAACCCCAGACUUUAGUAUGCCAUACAACGCAAUAUGUUUAGCGUGUACAGUAGUGGCUCUCGCGUUUGGACCUCUCCACAAUAUUACCACCAAACGUCUGGGAAGAAAAACUAAGGACAAGGAAAGACUACUGACGAAAAUUAAGCGAAAACUUAAGAAUGUGUUCUGUAAAAAAACUAUCAAUAGAGAACUUAAUUCCGAAGAAGACGAAAAAACUAAUGAAAGUAUUGUCAAAGAAUUUAAUAGUGUAUGUGAAAAUGUAGAAAAAGAAACUAAGAAAGAGCGAUAAAUAGGCAUUGAAGUAAAAAAAGUUAAAAUAGCUUAAAGGCAAUAACAGUAAUAUAAUCUAAAAAAUAAAAUGCUGCGUUUAUUUGCAAUUUUAUUUAUUUUUCAAAUAGCCUUUAGAAAUAUUAAUGUAUUUAUUGAUAUUAAAAACUUGUGAUUUAUAUAUUAGAAUAUUUCAAUUAAAAACUUACUGGAUACUUAUCUACGUCUUAGGUUUUUGUAUUACGGCCUUCAAUGCAUUAUACGAAUAAGCUAAAUGUUUUGUAAAUAGCACUGAAACCAAAAUAAAUACUUUCCAGUUCA